AUGAGAAGGAAUGGAUGGAUGAGCACCAUUGAGAAUAUCGAACGGGUGCUACGACAAUUGGAGGCUUUAGGAGACAACCUAGAGCAUCCAAGUACCGAAACCAUGAUAGAAAGUAAGUUACCACCCUGGGUCCUUAAUAAGGUAUACAUUCAACGGAAAUUAGACAAGCCUUGGAGAAUUCAAAAACUAAGAAACUUCCUAUCGGAUUUAGUAGAAGUGAAUCAACAAGUGAAUCUUGGACGACGUUCACUCUCUCAAGUUGACAACAAACUCACAAGUAUCAAAAGGGGACAAAAACAAAAUUACAAGCCCGACAAAACUUCCGCACUUUCGACACUUCAAACAAACCAAAAGGAGCCGCAAACCUCAACAACUAGAAGGAGAACGUGCAUAUUUUGCACUCGAGAUCACUGGAAUAGCGAGUGUGAUGUCUAUUCCACGGUCAAGAGCCGAAUGAAGCGCCUCAAAUCAUUGAAGAAAUGUGCAAUUUGCUUCAAAGAUAAAACAGAGUCAUGCAAAGCUAAGAAAAAAUGCUUCUACUGUAAGGGCUUACAUCACACUGCCCUAUGCGACAAUAGAAGCACCUCACCCCCAAACAUUGCAACCCUUCCGAGAAAGCAUGAGCUAACACAAUUAAGUACAGAAAGUCCGACCUUCCUAUACCACUCAACAGGUAUGACUCAAACUGAUACACCACAAGAGACUCUACUCUUAUGUAAAGAGAUAAAGGUCAUGAAUCCAGAACAUCCACAAAGACAACAAAGAACCUUAGCAUUAUUUGAUAUGGGUUCACAAAUGUCUUAUAUUUCAAAGAAGGAGCCUGACAUAUUGAUCGGUGCCGAUUAUUUUUUCAAAUUUAUCGAUCUACAAGAUAAACGGAAAUUAUACUCUGGGCAUACUUUGGUACAAUCAAAAGUGGGUCCCAUGGUAGUAGGAAGUGGUUAUAUUGAUAAACUCUGCAUUUCCAAAAGUCAUCCCUCACCCAUAAUGUGCUCAGGAUGUACAAAAGUACCUCCUGAAGACGAAAGGGGCGUAGUACAUUACCUACCCCACCAUGAAGUAUCAACUCCUAACAAAACUACAACCCAGUUAAGAAUCGUAUAUGACGCCUCAGCACACAAACGAGGAUUCAAGAGCCUCAAUGAAGUGCUGUAUCGAGGCCCAGUAAUCCUACCGGAUCUAGUUGGAGUGUUAUUACGUUUCCGAGCGAUGAAGAUUGUAAUAACUGCCGAUAUAGAGAAGGCAUUUCUACAAAUAGGAUUACAAGAAGAGGAAAGGAAUUGUACGCGAUUCCUCUGGAAACUAAUAGAAGGAUGGCCAGAAAAAGUAAUCGAAAUACCACGAUAUGUGAUAGACCCCUCAUUAUAUUCAGAAUUCCAUGUCUUCACGGAUGCAUCUCAAACUGCAUACUCUGCGGCUGUCUACAUCCGAAAUUGUGUACCAGGAGGAUGAUUUAAGUUGAGAUAUGUCCCUAGUCAAGAAAAUCCAGUGGAUAUAGCGACUAGAGGACUUCCACCAUAUAAACUGCGAAAUCAUAAACAGUGGUGGAAUGGACCAUAUUGGUUAAAUGAACCUGAAUCACAAUGGCCCGAAAAUCACUUCCUUUAUCAAGGCAAUGAUGAAUUUGAAAAGGCAGCUGUCACCAACAUGACAAUUCCAACAUCGACAGAGAAAAGGACUCUGAUUCAAUUCAUUGAAAUACAUCGAUUCACACACGCUGAAUUAACUGAGGAGGGCAAAUUUCCGAUUUACUUACCUAAGGGUCAUCACCUAACUAACCUCAUCAUUUCCAAUCAACGUGAUCCACGCGGGUAUCACACAUACGCUGUUUCAACUAAGACGAAGAUUUUGGAUACCUCGAGCCAUGCCAGACCAGACUUACCGGAAUCCCGAGUCAUCAGAUCAAAAGCAUUCGAAAAGCUGGCUCUCGAUUACUUGGGACCAAUUACCGUUAAAAUUCCAUACAAGAUGACAAAAAAGAGAUGGAUUGCGCUUUUCACUUGUUUUACCACCAGAACGGUACACUUAGAGAUGGUAGAAAAUUUAUCUAGUGAAGACUGUUAUCAUGUUUCUUCAAGAUUUACGGCUCGAAAAGGUUUUCCAAAAUUGGUCUUAAGCGACAACACAAGUCAAUUCCAAUUCGUAUUUAAGAUCAUUAUGGAACAAAACGCCAACUUCAUGGCAGAAGAGGGUAUAGUAUGGAGAAAUACGAUUCCCAAAGCACCAUGGGGCGGAGGUGUAUACGAAAGGAUUAUAGGUAUAACGAAACAGGCCCUGAGACGAGCCAUAGGGAGAAAACUCCGAAAAGAAAAAGAAUUCAUGACAUUAAUAGUACAGAUCGAAGCAAUACUGAACACCCGUCCGUUAACCUAUGUGGGCACAGAUGACUAUCGAGUUAUUGACUUCAUAUCACCCACAUUCACAUUGAGAAUACCAAUUAAGACCAACGAGGAGGACGAAGAAUAUACUCCUUAUCCAUUAAAAACUAAAGACAAAGCAGUUGGAAUGUUGGAAGCAGGUUUUAAAAAUUCUGGAUGUCUUCUGGAACCGAUGGAGAGAUGA